UGUCAUCGCUUUCAGUAUGAAAAGGAGACGACAAGUACUUUAGUUCAGGACCCCGAAACCGGAGUGAUACGCAAGACCACUAAGAGUAGCGCGCUCAUGCUGCUUUCUAGGAUAUUCUUUCAAGCAUUCACGCUCACCUUUCUCGCGGAAUGGGGCGAUCGUUCUCAGUUAACGACCAUUAUCCUCGCGGCAAGAGAGGAUGUUUACGGAGUAGUUCUAGGUGGAGUACUGGGUCAUUCGUUUUGUACGGGCUUAGCGGUUUUAGGAGGGCGUAUAAUAGCACAAAAAAUAUCCGUGAGAACAGUGACCAUU